CUAGAGCCUAAAAACUGAGCUAGUUUGUGUCGCAGCUGAGGGUUUGUUACAGUUGCAUCCAGUGCAGACAAUCCUAUGUGAGCUGUACACCUCCUCAGCGCCAUCCUGGUAGUUUGUUACAGUGUAUUAGUGCAGCAGGUGACACAUAUCCGUCGGGGUCCAGACUCUUCACCUCACAUCUUCUAGGGCAUCGGGGGUAUUCUCACCACAGACACUGACCUGCUUCUAACGGGGCCCCUGAAAUAAAGGCGAGCACGCUGCGCAUGCGUGGCCACCUGCUGCAGAGAAUGACCCGCACCUGGUGAUAGGCCGUCAGUGUCUGAGAACAUCGCACAAUGUCUGAGAACCCAGGGAGAAAGCGUAAAGAGCGGGAUGGCGCCUCUGACCCAAACGCUCCCGAUCAUGUACUUUCCAGUCCUCAGAGCCAGGCUGCUGGGCAAAAAGUAAUAAGGAAGAAAAGGAAAAUCCUUAAUCUGGACUUCAUGUACUUGGGCGACGGCGACAUGGAGAAUAAACAGGGCAGCGAGACCCAGGAGGCGGCGGAUGACAUCACAGCAGAUGACGCGGUCUCCUCCAAUGAACUUUAUCAGGAGCAUAAUGAAAAGUUAAAGAAAUCUCAUAAAACCAAAGACUCCAAGAGACGCCGUGGAGACGAAGCGCCAUCUGGCGAACAUACUGAUCUAGAAAAUAGGCCAAAGAAAAAGAAGAAGAAACUGAAGAAGGAUCAUGAGGAACGUCUUUUAGAAGAUUUAGCGGAGGAAUCGUUGACUGCCGACAUCCAACAUGCAGUCAGGAAAAAGAUAAGGCGGCAGGAUAGUGGAGGUCUUCAGGGAGGAGAUGAUGGAAGCCAUAGACAACAGGAUUUCCCUGAAGAACCUUUUUCCCAAGGAAAUAAUCCAGACGGUUCUGAGACAGCAAAGCAAGUGGACGUCAAGAAGAAGAAGAAAAAGAAAAAAAGAAAAGACGGACUUGAACUGGAAGAUGACAUCACAGCGGGUGAGACGUCCUCCAUUGUCCUUCAUCAGGAUCAUAAAGUAAAGCUCAAAAAAUCCCAUAAAUCCAAAUACCUGAAGACACUUUGCGGAGGUGAAGAUUUACCAAAGUCAAGCGUGAAGAAGAAACCAAAGAAAGAUUGCAGGGAACAUCUUUUAGAAGAGGAGGAAUCAUCGACUCCUGAUGCCAGAAAAAAAAAGACAAAGCGGAAGGAUGGUCUAGAUGAACACCACAGGCUACAUGGUUUCGGUGAGGGACCUGUCACCACAGAGCAAGGGAGCAAAAGUAUAGACCAGGCUGAAGAUUUAGUGGAGGAAUUGUUGAUUUCUGAGACCCAGCAUGUAAGCAAGAAGAAGAAAAAGCGGAAGGAUGGUGGAGAUAAACACCAUAGGCUACAUGGUUUUAGUGAGGAACAGGUCACCAAAAGAAAGCAUCAAGAUGGUUCUGAGACCACAGAGCAAGUGAUCGAAAGUAUAGACCAGGCCAAAAAUUUGGUUGAGGAAUCGUCUAUUUUUGAAAUCCAGCAUGUAAGCAAAAAGAAGAAGAAAAAACGGAAAGAUGGUGGAGGCCUCCAGGAUGAUGGUUUCACUGAGAGACUUGUAUCCCAAUUAGAGUGUCCAGAAGGUUCUGAGAAUCCAGAGCAAGUGGAUGAAAAUAUGGAGCAGAUAGAAAAACCUGUCAAGAAGAAGAAAAAUAAAAAAAUAAAGGAGGGUGAUGGCCUCGUAGUGGAUAACACGUCCUCUUCAGUUGGCCUCCGCGGAGAUGAAGCUUCAUAUAGAGAACAUACUGAGGCAGAAGACAGGAUAAGUCGAAAGAAAAAGAAGUCUAAGAAAGAUCAGUGGGAACGUCCUUUUGUAGAUGUGGAGGAAUGUGAGAAUAAGAUAAAGCGGAAGGAUGGUGGAGGUGAUGGCAUUAGGAAGCAAAAACACCAAGGUGGUGCUGAGACCACAGACCAAGUGGAUGAACGUAUGGGCCUGGCAGAAGAACCUGUCAAGAAGAAGAAAAUAAAGGUUAAACCUCACCAGGUGGCUGAUGGCCUCGCAGUGGAUAAUGUGUCCUUCUCACUUGGCCUCCAUGGAGCUGAACCUCCAUACGGUGAAGGUACAGAGACAGGAGAUGGGUCGAGACGAAAGAAAAAGAAGAAAUCUAAAGAAGAUCAGAGGCAACAUCCUUUGGAAGAUGUGGAGGAAUCAUGGACUUCCGACCCCCAACAUAAAAGCAAGAAGAAGACAAAGCAAAAGGAUGGUGGUGGUGAAAACAAUAGGCGAGAUGGCUUUAUUGUCAGCAAAAGGAAGCAUGAAGGAGGUUCUGAGAGCCCGGAGCGAAUGGUAGACCAAGCCGAAGAACGUGGGAAGAAGAAGAAGCUGAAAAAGAAGAAACACUCAGACAGGAUGGAGGAGACCUCUGAAAUCUUGACUGAGGAGACGCAGCUGGAAGGUGGUGAAGCCCCAGAGGUGAAUCAACCAUACCAGGGCCAGGCGGUGGAAAGAGGUGGGAAUGUGGAGGGUGAUGCAGAAGAAGACCCGGGACAAACGUCAAGCAGAAGAAGGGAUAGACCUCAGACUCCUGCUCCCCCAGACGCCGACCAGAAUCAAGACAAGACGAUUCAGAAUGAGGGUGACAACAGAUCGACCACUUCAGAUGAAAACACUGAAAAAGCCAAAGAGAAGAUGAAGAGAUCUGUUCCAUUUACGCGGGAAAAAGACGUUGCGCUGAUUAGGGAGUAUUUUCCCAAGAUCUCCCAGGCCACUCUGUUGCGUAUCAUAAAGUCCCAUGAUAUCGAGAGGAUCAGAGUCGCCAAGCAGAAUGGAAUGAUGUUCCGUAGAGGCAAGUUUACCAACGAAGAAGAUGAACUGAUCAAAGAGAAUGUACAAAAGUUUAUGAAGGAAGUUGGGAUAGAUUCAGCAGCGAUUCUUUUCCACUCCUACAAGUAUCCUGAUCUAAAAAAUACGAUCGCAAAUCUGAAAAGAAAAUUUCAUUUUCACCAAAGAAUCGCUGUAGGAUUACGUCGCUUAAUGGUAGAAGUCCAUACUCGAGGAAUAAGGCUAUUCGAGCCUUCUACAGUCCGAGGACGGUACACGGACCAGGAGGUGCAGCAGCUGAAGAAGUACUGUGAAAUAUAUCACAACAACUGGCCGACUAUCGCGUCUUUAAUGAACCGUAGUUACAAGGACUCUCAGUUAAAGGCCUCCCAACUCCGCCGAGAUGUGAACACCGGCAGAUGGAGCAUAGCAGAGACGAAUCGUCUGAUCGCAGCUGUGAAGACACUUGUUCUGAAAUCUCUGCGGGAAUGUAAGAAUACCAGCGAAGAGCCGGUGACUGUCCCCAAAGAAAUGCUGUACAAGGGUAUAUCGUGGGUCAAGGUAGAGGAAAAGGUUGAGACGAGAAACUGGACGCAUUGUAAGAUAAAAUGGUUCUCCUUGAUAAUGAUGCGUAUGAACAAUCACAUUCAUCCAUUUCUAGGAGCGCUGGGAAUACUGAACAGCAUAAAAAUAAUCCAUUGGUUUCAUGACUCCGGAGUAAAGGAGUACUGCGACGUGAAAUGGGACGAGCUGUGUGACAUCAUAGGAAACGUUCCGAACACCAUGGUCCAAAACAGAUUUUUCCAACUGAAGCAGCUCAUCCCGGACUGGGAGACUCUGCGUCUGAGCGAAAUUGUAGAUUACUUGUACAGUAACAUCCUGCCGAGAUAUGAAGAGCAGCUGGCUAUGGCCGAUGAAUUCCCCAUAGAGCCAGAGAAGAAAACUGAGUUCUUAAUCAGCGACAUGUUUGAGGAAUGCUCCGAGUUACCUAACCUCAAGUAGAAGCCUCCAGUUGGUCUUCCAUUACUCUGUUCAUGGGUGAAGUUGGCAGAUGCCCUGGGCACCCAGCCUGACGCAGGCUCUGGCCUAUCACUAAUGUAACAGCCAGGGGAAGCUUUGACCACGGCGUCUGAUCAGCGAUCACAGACAUUAGGUGUGAAACAGCAGACACCCGGCAGCUAUGGCGCCCACUUCUGAGCAUGUAUGGCAGAUGUCUUGUUCUUAAAGUGUAAAAUUUAGAGUUUUCCCCUUUAAGGGGUUGUUCAGGUUAUGCUCCCUCCAGCCUCUAUUUAUAUCCGGGCAGCCAAUCCUGUGACCUGGCCUCAGCGGUGGCUGGCUGCCCGGCCCUAAAUGGAGGACAGGAGCGUUUCUUUUUUUAUUCAGAUGUUUUAUUAUUAAAAGAUUUCUUUUGAAAA